UCUUUACUCUCAUAAGCCAACAAACAGCUUCUCUUGUUCUCCGCAAUGCUCACUGAAUACUGAACUGAAUAUACGUCCUGCUCCUUUAAGGCGGCCACAUAGGGAGAAAUAUGACUGAACUGUUGGAGGGGUGGUGCUUAAACAAACGGUGACAGUGACUGGCCAUGUGAGCACAACCAGAGGACUCUGAGAUCACCAGAAUCAACAGAAUAUCCUCAUCACGGCUGUCUGUUAAAGACUUCUCUGAUUGGAGUUUAAUUUUUGUGACAUACAGAUGUCCUAACAUACUUGGAUUUCUCUGAAGAGACAGGUUUGACCGGUUGACAGAAUAGUUCUAAGAAAAUAGGCGGGUGUUUUAAGUUCAGUGAGAAAAUAUUGUUAUUGUGUAGAUUAAACAAAUGUAAUUUGUUUUAUAAGCUAUACUGUAGAUACAGUGGAUUUACUGUGUGGAGUCCUGACAGGGGCUGCUGUGCCCAGGACAACCAGACGCGCCAACGGUGCUCAAGGAUUCCUCUCAGAUAUACGCAAUUACCGGAGGGCAGCAGGAGUCAUCGCAUUACUUUGGUGAAUUACUCACGCUUUCUUCUCCUGCGUACCGCUGGUGACAACAAGCCGGCGUGAACAUGCUACAAAAUGGAAACGAAAAGGAGAAACCGCUGCAAGCGCCAAAGGCUGUGGCAGAGCCGGACGACCCGAAACAGGAGCAGCCCGCUCCCCCAGCUGCUGACAGAGAGGAAGCGGACAGCGAGUCCGCACACUUCCCCUUGCCCGUUUAUCCCAAACUAGAGAUAAAGCGCAACGCAGUGACGGACGAUUAUAAGAUCUCCAGUCAGGUUCUGGGCUUAGGGAUCAAUGGCAAAGUCCUUCAGUGCUUCAACAAGAAGACUGGGGAGAAGUGCGCACUGAAGAUUCUCUACGACAGCCCCAAAGCCAGACGAGAGGUGGAGCUCCACUGGCAAGUAUCAGGAGGGCCGUAUAUUGUUCGCAUCCUCAGCCUGUAUGAGAACAUGCAUCAUGGGAAGAAGUGCCUGCUCAUCAUCAUGGAGUGUAUGGAGGGAGGAGAGCUGUUCAGUCGAAUCCAGGCCAGAGGAGACCAGGCCUUCACUGAGAAAGAGGCUUCUGAGAUCAUGAGAGACAUCGGCACGGCCAUCGACUUUCUCCACAACAUUAACAUCGCGCACAGAGACAUAAAGCCAGAGAACCUGCUGUACACCAAUAAAGAAAGAAACGGCAUCCUCAAAUUAACAGACUUUGGCUUUGCUAAGGAGACGACGCUACACAACUCUCUACAGACCCCCUGUUAUACACCGUACUAUGUGGCUCCUGAGGUUUUGGGUCCAGAGAAGUAUGACAAGUCAUGUGACAUGUGGUCUCUGGGUGUCAUCAUGUACAUCCUGUUGUGUGGCUUCCCUCCAUUUUACUCUAACACGGGUCAGGCCAUUUCUCCGGGGAUGAAGAGGAGGAUCAGGAUGGGCCAGUACGAAUUCCCCAACCCAGAGUGGGCUGAGGUGUCACAGGAAGCAAAAGAUUUGAUCCAUCAGCUACUGAAGACAGACCCUAACGAGAGAAUGACCAUCACUCAAUUUAUGAACCACCCCUGGAUUAAUCAGUCCAUGGUGGUUCCCUCCACUCCGCUGCACACCACCCGGGUCCUGACUGAAGACAGAGAGAUGUGGGAAGAUGUGAAGGAAGAGAUGACCAGCGCUUUAGCCACCAUGCGCGUGGACUACGACCAGGUCAAGAUCAAAGAUCUCGACACAUCCAGCAACCCGCUACUCAACAAGAGACGCAAGAAGGCUGCUGCAGGGGCCAAGAGUGGGUCCACAGUCUGCCAAAGUCAGUGAGACACAGAGGACUGUUGGUGGAAAUCCAGGCAGAAGAGCCAAUGAAAACGAAAAGCAGCUCAGAAGAGGGAGGAAAAGUUGAUUUGUGCAGGAGAGGAUCAUUUAGAGAUCUGCUCGGGACUCUUGAGAGACUGGAUGUUGAGGAAAUGUUCCCUGAAAGAAAGGGACAACAAAGGAACAACAUCAAAGUCAGAGCUGGACAUUUAGAAGACAUAUCAAGACAUGAUAUCACCUGUUUCUCCUGUAAGUGGUAGAAAUCAAUAGCUCUGCUUACUGUGGGCCUAUCUGUUUUUAAUUACGUUUAUGUUUGUAUGUAAUUUUUAGAUCUUGCCUGUUUGUAAGAGUGUGAGCAGAAGUAUUUGUAGUGAUCAUGUUUUGUGUAUUUAAAUGCUGGGUCGUCUGUUUGAGAUCUCCUUUGUAACUAUGCACUGGUGUGCAAAUCACACACACAGACAGACAAACCAACUGUAGACAGACUGUGAAAUUAGAACACUCACUUUUACCUGCGUUGUCUUAAUAUUGUCUUUUGCUGCCUCUUUUCAGGAAUUAAAGCAAAGUCUGACACUGACUGUCUUGUCAAUAAAAUGUAGACUCCAUAAUGACCUACAGUUCAACCCAAGGGAGUAUUUUUCAUAGAAGCAACAAUAAAAUGGCCUCACGUACUACCAAGCGGUACAUUUUACUGACUUCUGUUUCACUGACUGUGAAAGCAGCGUCACUGCUGCCGGUCAACAUUGUGUCCUCUUAAUGGAGCUGUGAGAGACAGCACACAACCUGUCUGCUUCCUGUCAGUGUGAGGACAGAGAGCUUUACCUAAGCAGUAGUGGCGUAAUGGCUGAUUGUGUUAAGUUGUGACACUUUUCUUAAGAAAGGUUUUUUGUUUUUAUGCGGGUUGAGUAAAAUGCUUCCAGUAAAUAGAGGCUGGGCAGCCUUUAAUCAUCUGUAAAGUACAUCUACUCCACGUAGAGAUUGCAUUUGUCCAUACGGUUGUAAAUAAAACUUUAUAAAGUAAA